GUUUCAAGUUCGUUCAUAAUAACAACCUAGGUACCUACUAGGCAAAAGUAUGAGAUGAUAACAUAUCUAGCACAGGGCAGCUGCCAUACAUAAGUCAAAAAGAUCAAAAGUAUGGUCGUAUGUGUCAAUGCUAGAUGGAGAUAGAGCAUGAAUAGUGAAGGCCGCAUGGAGUAAUCCCAGCCUAGGGAGACAUGGACAGGUCACUUUCUCUUUUGUUGAGCCGUAGGGAUUUAGAUGCUAAGUAGGUAUACAUCACGAAGCAUCUCAGGUGAUGGUUCUGUCGAGAGCCGAGUGAGUAAUAAGAAACGGAAGGCAAGUGCCGUAGUCGUCCCUCUUUCCUUCCCAGUCUUCCGGGGCUCGUAUACCGAAUCUAGGCAAGAGCUACUGGUACAUGGCUUUCCUGCUUCCCCUUCCAGUUUCUGGGCUUCUCUUGGGCUAUACCGUACUGAUUUACCUUCGAGUUCUUUCUGUGAACCUUGGGCUUGCCAAACCCACCAGCAUCUUGUCAUUUUUAGAGGUGCGUACUGCCUGUAUCGCAUCGAAACAGAAUCUCACAGACUCUGUGACGUAUAAUAUCAUCUCCGGGUUCUGUUUCUCUUCUUCACUGUCGGAAUUCUCUCUGGGCGUCUUCUUUUCCGCCCGUCCAGGAGGAGACACCACCUGCAGUCAUGUUAGGCAGUUAUUUAAGCAUGCCCGCUACCAUUGGCAACCGAGGUGUGUUUCGGGGAAAGAAAGAAGAUGGCUUGGAGCAGCACUGUCACCCUACCGAACCGAGCAAGGACAGAUGGAGAUGGUUUCAUUCGACCGGAAGACGUUCAUGCCCUUCUCUGAACUCGGCUUCGGCAUCGCCCAGAUCGCACAAUGGGAACACAAUGUUCAGGACCCCGGGUUUCAUUCGUUCCCUGCGCGGGAGACCUACUAUUCGGCAGGCCAUGACCCCUGAGUGGACUGACGAGCCAUUGGUCCCUGGCCCCAUCAACGAGGUAAAGCACGUCCCUCCCGUGUUGGAUAUGCCAUCUGUUUGCGCCCUCGAUGCGGAUCGACAAAGCACCUUCCGACUCUGUUUUAAGGAUCCCGUUCAGGCAAAAGUCGAUGAGGACCUAUCCCUUCGGGGUCUGUACAGCUCUUCCAGUAAGAGCCCUCUACCUCAAUCGCGUGUCUCGGAAGGAAAAGCUG